AUGGCGUCCCUGGAGGAGGAGUUGACCUGUUCGGUGUGCCGCGAUGUCUUCAGCCAGGCCCAGCCCCUGCCUUGCGGCCACAGCUUCUGCCCAGCAUGUGUGCGAGAUGCCUGGGGCCACGGGGAGGCGGGGGUCAGGGGUCGCUUCACCUGCGCACAGUGCCAGGAGGAACAGGGGGUGGUGGCGUGUGACUGCUGCCCCCCUGUGGGGGACGGGGACCAGUCUGGGAAUGCCGUGGCGGUGAAGACCUGUCUGCGCUGUGAGGUGUCUCUGUGUGCAGAGCACCUGAAGCCCCACCUGGAGCGGCCCGCCUUCAAGACACACCUGCUAGUGGAACCUCUGGGAGACCUGUCCCACCGCAGGUGUCCCGCCCAUGAGGAGAUGUUCCGCUACUACUGUGCAGACGAGCGGGUGUACGUGUGUGCAGACUGUCUGUUGGAGGGUGGCCAUGCACAGCACCGGGUUAAAGGACUGAGGAAGGUGGAGGAGGACCUGAAGGUCAGUUAACGACCUGUAGUUUCUUACUGCUUGUGUUAUAGUGUGGCUAUAACAGUUCUAAAUCCGUGUGUGUGUUUCCACAGGUCAUCCUCCAGAGCCUUCUCCAGAAAGCAGAUGAAAAGCUGAAUAAAGGUGAACAGAUCCUCCAAGAGCACCAGAACACUGACCGCACUAUGACAGUAAGUAACCACACACUGUAUGCUUAUAGCAGUCCAUCAAUUUACUGUUCAUGCUUAUGUUAGUCUAUCCGGCCUUCUAUUCUGCCCUGACGUUGAGUCUUCUUAUGACCUUAGAGUCUGUGGUGGUGGUUGUUGUCCCCCUGCAGGACUUGUCUUUGGCAGAUGACUCCCAGGUGGAGCGUAUGGGUGUAGCCCUGCAGCUGCAGGUGGAGAGGCUGGUGCUGGCCCUGAGGGAGAGCACCAGGAGGGAGAGGCAGCAGGCCAUGGAGCGCCUCCAGAACAUCUGCAGCAGGGUGAGAGAGGACCUGAGCCAGACCCAGGACAUCCACCACUACCUGGGCUCCCUGCUGGAGGAGACAGACCCCUUCCUGCUCAUCUGGGUGAGAUGUUUAUUAUUAACCCUUUUACCAGGUACCAAGAUGACUAGAGAGGGGAGAGGGUUUGAAGGAGCCAAUUGGAAUUUGGGGAUGAAAAGGGGACCAUGGUAGUAAGAGGAGCCAGUUUGGUAAUUCAGCCAGGCUAGUGGAGUCAACACCCCUACUUUUGGGACAAGUUCCAUGGGAUCAUUAGUGACCACGCCAGAGUCGGUACCUCCGUUUUGUAAUAUGGCAAUACAUAUCCAACCUCACAGUAACCAUUUCAGGUAGUUAAUCUCUGGGCGUUAGACACAACCUUUGAGUAACGUCAAACAAACCAAAAAGAUCAAAGCCAUCAUCUCAAACCAUCGGAUGACAUACAGUACGUCACAGGUAAUCAUUCUGAAUCUGAACAUUCACCUUUGUACUGUACUGCAAUGUUUUAACCACCUACUGUAUUUAUUUACGAGACAGCAUCUGUUGUACACUACAUAACGGAGGAUUUCAACUAAUCUGUUUACCUCCCUGUCCAUCUGGGGGAGAUUCACAGUGCCAUUUGUGCAGGAUUUGUACGAUGGCAUUAAAGGCUUUCUGCUUUAAUUCGUUAGCCGUCAAUUAAUGUCUAUUUUCUUGAGAUAGUAGAUUUUGAUUAACUUUAUUAAAGGGAUAGUUUGGGAUUUUGACAAUGAGUCCCUUUAUCUACUAACCCCGGAGACUCUGGAGAGAUAAAGGUCUUCAUUGUCAAAAUCCCAAACUAUCCCUUUAACAGUUUUGUGUUAUUGUCUUAUAACAGUGAAUAGCAGUGGAUUUUAAGUCUUAUAACAUUCCUUGACUCCUUUUCUUUUGUUCUGUCCACAGGCAUUUCAAUCUGAUGACUCAAGGUAAAUAAAGAAUAGUCAUUCAUUAGUAUGAUAUUGUGUGUAUUUUGUCUAACCUGCUACCUGCUGUGCUCUGCUUAACAGGCUGCUUGCGGACCUGAACUGUCCCCUGUUCACUCCCGACUCCCUCAGCCUGGACAGGAAGUACAUUGUGGAGGAUAUCGAGAGCAAGUACCGAGAGUUCAUCACCGAGACACUGCGCUGUCUCACCGAACUCAAGAGAGAGCUCUGUGAGUGCACAGGCCAAAUCUUCAACCCUUAUAUUUGAGAUGGGAGGAAUUCAGGCUGUUUAUUCAUUCAUAUACUUGUUUCCCUCUCUGUGCUUCAUGUCUCAGUAUGUGCUUCAUAUGUCUGUUUCUCUGUUUCCAUAGUAACAAGUCCAUUGACUCUGGACACUAACUCUGCCCAUCCUCUCCUGAGCAUUUCGGACGGCCUGCGGUCAGCCAUGCGGGUCAAACAGCGCCUUCCAUGUGCCACUCACCCUGACCGCUUCGACCACUGGGCUCAAGUCCUGACCGUCCAGACCUUCUCCUCAGGAACCCAUUACUGGGAGCUGGAGGCAGAGGGCUUCUGGGACAUUGCGGUGUCCUACCGGAGCAUCGGGCGGAAGGGGAAGGAGGGCACUGCCUUUGGAAAUAACAAGGUACAUUAUCAUCACUCUUCUUCCUCUUCUACAUAUGGUCUUUAAUAAUAGUAACAGUUGUGGUAAUAAGAGUAGUAUUAGAUAUUAGUUGAUUUAUUGAUGGUGUUAGCCAAGCCUUUUGGUAUUUCUUUGUAAACUGAUCGAUGACUGACUUAAAUUGGUCUAUUUAAACUGACAUCACAAGGGAGAUUGGUUGGUUUCUCUAUUGACUGCUAGAUGAUGGAUGAGGUUUUGACUUGCAGAUGUCUUGGAGCCUGACGCAGCAGCACGACAGGAAGCUGGCCGCCUGGCACAACCGCAGGAAGACCCGCCUUUCCAGCCGGAUGUCAGGCAACCGUGUGGGCGUGGCCCUGGAUUAUGGCGCAGGCACCAUCACCUUCUCCGAGGUGGGGCCUUCCAACACCCUGACCCACCUGCACACCUUCAGCACCUCCUUCAACCAGCCUGUUUGCCUAGGCUUUGGCCUCUACAAGGCCGAGCUCCACAGCAGAAUCUCCAUAGUGAGGGUGUGAGGGAUCAUCAGGGACCAGAUAAUGAACAUUAUAUUUCUAUAGCUGGGACACCUUCGGGGUGGGGCUCAAGGAUGGAGACUUUGUGGGAGGUUUCCUUCUGGAACAUUGCCCGGGAUCUCAUAAGGGAUUGGACUAUGAACAAUAGAGCUUGUGUGAGCAUGAAGAAUUGUAAGACUACAUUCUUACAGAGCUCAGGACUUGAAAUACUGUGAACAAUGACUUUGAAUCGGUAAGGAAUGGAUGUGUAUGUCCUACUUUUGUAACAGUUUAGGGGAAUUUGAAAGACCCAAGCAACUUGGACCCAAGGGAGAGGGUUUUUUGAUCAAAUACAUCCAAACUACAGGACAAUAUUCUGAAAGAAUUAGAAAAGUACACAAUCAGUGGAUAGUUCUAGAUUCUUGUGAUGUAACAUAGCUAUGGGGUCCCAUUCCCUUUUAUGAGUUUGUUUAGACUAUUUUUUAUGCAUACAAUAAUCAAUAUAGGUUCUAUGUACCAAGCUAAAUACCAUAAAUGAUGUAGGUAAGUUAAGAAAAGGUGGAAGGUAUGUGGACUGAACCAUAUUGUAAUAUAGAUGACAAAAUCAUCAGGCAUUAGAAGCUUUCACAAAAGUUAAAUUACACUGAGUGUACAAAACAUCAGGAACACCUUCCUAAUAUUG